CUUCGGAAAUGGUGACCGGUAAUACGGACCUGUGCCCGGAACCAUGCUGCCAAUUCUCACCUGGGCCUACCUGCGUCAUCUUGCCGUCCAGUACCAUGCGGAAGCACAGGAUCCGUUCGUUGGUGUACAGCGUGUAUCAGCGACACCUUCACUUGGUGCGGAACAUACACUACACGGCUACGGCUGCAGUCCCGUGCAGGCUCUUACUCCCCUCAGGAACGAUUCGAAUAAGGGCAACGGAUUUAAUACACACUUAGAUCGUGAAAUUGGCUUACCCUUCACUCCACCCGUUUGCCGGUCAAGGUUAGACGACACUCGGUGGAUCAUCCCCAACGAUACGAACGGCACGUUUCGACCAUCCGUGCACCUUGCAAGGGACGUGGCAAACGCUAAAGAAAGCACCAUCCAGCCGAGUAUGCAUUUCCGCACACACGUGGACACGUUCGGCAUCUCCAGCAACACUCAGAUCUCAGCUGUACCGGUUCUGCACCGUCCGCCCGUCGCCAGCGGGGAUACAGUCGAUACUCACACGGUGCGCGGCAUACCGGGUGUCGGAACCGGACUCGGAUCGGUAGGAUCAUUCGUCGCCGUUAAUGAUGUCAUUGGCAUGAACAUUACGCCCGCACUAUCGCAGGUUCUUUUAGCGCCUCCCGCAACCAGUGCGGGCUCCGGUGCGUCCAUCAUUGCCGCCGUGAACGGUGGUGCCGAUGACAACGGGACGCGUAGCGAGGAAAUAAAUUCCUUUUACUUUUAUGAGACUGAACAGUUCGCGUUUCUGUGGGUGCUGUUUACGGUUAUCGUGCUGGGCAAUUCGGCCGUGCUGGUAACGCUGAUGCUUAACAGGACUCGCAAAUCGCGAAUGAAUUUCUUCAUCAAACAGCUCGCUAUCGCUGAUCUCUGUGUCGGACUACUAAGCGUACUGACUGACAUCAUCUGGCGCAUCACGGUAGUUUGGCGUGCCGGGAAUGCGGCCUGUAAAGCGAUACGAUUCGUGCAGGUUUGCGUAACGUACGCCUCCACGUACGUGCUGGUAGCGCUCAGCAUUGACCGCUACGAUGCCAUCACACACCCGAUGAACUUUUCCGGAUGCUGGAGCCGUGCACGGAAGCUGGUAGCGGCCGCGUGGAGUUUCAGUAUCUUAUUCUCUCUCCCAAUAACUUACUUCUACGAGGAGCGACUAAUACAGGGUAAAAUGCAGUGCUGGAUCGAUCUGGUCGAGGCGUGGCGAUGGCAGCUGUACAUGUGCUGGGUAUCGGGUUCACUGUUCGUCAUACCGGCGCUAAUCAUAUCUGCCUGUUACGCCAUCAUCGUACGAACGAUCUGGGCAAAGGGUACCAUUCUCGGCCCGAUCGAUCGAACACACAAUGGAAUGGCCGACCUAGCUACUCGGCGAGCCAGCUCGCGGGGCAUCAUACCCCGUGCGAAGGUGAAGACGGUUAAAAUGACGAUCGUGAUAGUGAUCGUGUUUGUGCUCUGCUGGUCGCCGUACAUCAUAUUCGAUCUGCUGCAAGUGUUCGGACAGAUACCGCCGACCCAAACCAACGUGGCCAUUGCCACCUUCAUCCAAAGCCUGGCCCCGCUCAACUCGGCGGCCAAUCCACUCAUAUACUGUCUCUUCUCGACCCAGGUGUGCCGUAUGAUAAAGAGACUGCCACCAUUCCGAUGGUUAUGGUCGACAAAGUGGUGCUGCAAACCGCACGAUUCCGGCACGCUACCCCUCGGCAAUGGGACCACAGUGAACGGUGCGGCACACGGACGGUUCCACAACCACAACAGUAGCGAUUCGAUGCGAACGCUCACAACUUCCCUCACCGUAUCGCGACGGUCCUGUUUGCGGCCGGCUCGGGUUGUCAUCGUUGAACGUCCAAAGACGGAACUUGCCAUGUCGGAGGUGUAGACGUGCGGACUGUGUU